UCAUAAUUCGCUAGAAAUAAGGAACAUUUUAUUUCAUUUUUGUUUCCACAUUGCUGUUACGCCUAGUUUUAUCAUAUUUCAAAUUCAGCAGUGAUUAGGGAUAUUUUUUCUAAGAUUGGGUGCUAGGCACGUGAAUAACGUUAAGGAGGCGUAUACGGUUACUAUUUGAAUGGAAGUAACUUAGAGUUCUAAAUAAAGUGACAAAAUAUAAAUGAUUUAGACAGACCAAACAAUGGCGGAGGCAUCUUUGUCGGGAGAUGAAGAAAACUAUGUUAGAAUGAGCUUGUUAUUGACUGGGGUUUGUCCACGUGGAGUAAGAGCAACGUUUGAUCGCGAGUUUGCACCAUCAUCCCUUGGUGUCACAAUAAAAAAAGAAUAUAACAAACUAAAAGAUCUUCAGUUAAAACACCGAAUUAACCGAUCUCAGUGGAAAACACUAUACCCACGAUAUCCUGGUGUUCCGGAAUCAAUAAACUUCGACAUCACUUUGAUGAUUACAUUACUUAGAAAUCUAACAUCCAUGAUCCCUCCUAAUGGUGGAUAUGACCAAUUACCAACAAUUACUGAUACAACACCAGGUGCUGAUUUGUCAAGAAUAAAGUAUUACAGGAACUUCUUGGCUCAUCUGGAUGAUGGGAGAAUAGACACAACAUUCUUCAAUACUGCAUGGACUGAUAUAACUGGUGCUAUUGAGAGAUUGGGAGGACAGAAAAUGAAAAGGGAAUGUGAUCAGUUGAAAUCAAAACCUUUAGAUCAGACCAACCAAGAAAUAAUGAUCGACAUUAAACAUUCUAAUGAUGAAAUCAGAGAAUUACAAAGUACAUUAGAAAAGUUAAAGUUUUCUCAGACAGAAAUGAGAAAAUCCCAUGAAUUAUUACAAGAGAAUUACGAAGAAGGGAAAAAAUCUCAUGCAUUGCUACAGGACAAGGUGACUACUUCUCAGCAGGAUACAGUACCAUGGAACGUAAGAGCACAAAUCAAACAAAUUCUUUUAAAAUGGAAAAAACAAGAAAAAAUGUUUGUCAUCACUAGAGCUGCAACGCAUGUGCUGAAAUCUUUACAAAAGAACAGUUGUGUAACAAUAACUGCUAGUUCUGGAAUGGGCAAGACUGCCAUCCUUCAUUAUGUGGCUUUACAAAUGAGUACAGAUGGAUACGACAUACUUCUUGUGACUGAUCCUGGUGAUAUCGUAAAAUUUUACAAUCCAAAUAAAAAAACUGUGUUUGUUAUUGAUGAUUUUUGUGGGAAUUUUUCUUUAAACCAGACUGACAUUAAAAUAUGGGAACCAGUUAUUGAACGUAUAAAAGAGAUUCUUGAAGACAAACAAACAAAAAUAAUGGUCGCAUGUAGAUUACAAGUGUACCAAGAUGACAAAUUUAAUACAUUGUCUAUUUUUAAGUCAUGUGUGUGUAAUUUAUUGUCAGAUAACAUGUGCUUGUUAAACACAGAAAAACAAUCAAUAGCUGAGGUAUACCUUGCAACAAAGGCCCUUUUGAUCAGAAGAUAUUUUGAUUUAUAUGAUUGUUUUCCACUAUUGUGUCAACUAUAUCAUAAAAAUCCUAAACUUGACAUGAAAGAUUUUUUCAAGAAUCCUUUUUCAGUUUAUGAAGCACAAUUUGACCAGCUGCAACAGAAAGGAUGCUAUGGUAAAUACUGUGCUUUGGCUCUAUGUGUAGUCUUCAAUAACAAAUUGAAGGAAGAAAUAUUGACGGAAGAGAUUGAUGACCUAACAAGAAAUGUUAUAGAGAACACAUGUGAGGCUUGUAAAUUGGAGAGAGGGACAUCAAGACUAAUCAUUAAAGAUGAACUGGAUUCACUUUUACAUUCUUUAUUAAAAAAACAAGACAAUAUACAAAUAGCUACAGAUACCCAUACAACAAAAUACCAAAGUUUCUAUACAGCAAUACAUGGUAAGAUAUUCGAUUUUCUAGCUAAAUACUUUGGGGAGAAAAUAAUCGACUGCUUGAUCAAAAAUGCUGACAGCUGUUUAAUUCGAGAAAGAUUUUUACUAGAAAAAGAAAAUGACAUUGAUCAGUUUAUAAUUAUUGUGCCUUCUAAAUAUUACCAAAUAUACAUGCGUCGAAUUAUUAAUGAAUGGUCCAAGGGAAACUUGCAAGAUGUAUUUAUGAAUAGCAAUAUGAAGCUACAUCAGUUCCGACAGAUGCUUUUGUGCUAUAUAGAGAAACUGGACAUAUCUUACCAGACACAAUUAGCAGAUACCUGUGAUAAUGAUAACAUUACAACUGUAAGGAGUCGGUCAUACCAAAAGGGUGUUGUAUGCGACACUGUCAUGCUACAUUGUUGUCUUAUAGGAGAUAUUUCAAUGAUCCAGUGGUGUUGCAAACUUGGUGUUGAUGUUAAUCAAAGUGGAUCUCAUAAUCAAUCACCUUUAAUCAUUGCAUGUAAAUAUGGUCAUGUAAAAGUAGUUAGUAUUUUGCUAGAAGAAGGAGCAGAUUACAAUAAAUGUGACAUUUCUGGUCAGUCUUCGGUAAUGAUUGCUUGUCGAAAUAAUGAUGCAGAAAUAGUUAGAAUGUUGUUAGACGAUGGCGCAGAUUAUAAUAAAUGUGACAUUAAUGGUUAUUCACCUAUGAUGACUGUGUGUCGACUUGGUCAUACAAUUAUAUUAAGGAUGAUGUUAGACAAAGGAAAAGAUUGUAAUAAAUGUAACGAUUUUGGUCAGUCAUUUGUAUUUAUUGCUUGUAAAUAUGGACAUACAGACAUGGUAAGGAUGUUGCUAAACAAAGGGGCAAAUUAUAACAAAUGUGACAAUAAUGGACAGUCACCAGUAAUGAUAUCUUGUGUACCUGGGCGUACAGAGAUAGUUAUGAUGCUAAUAGAAAAAGGAGCAGAUUACAAUAAAUCCGACAUGUUUGGGGAGUCACCUUUAAUACUUGCAUGUAGACAUUGUCAAAUCGAAAUAGUACGGCUUUUAAUAGAAAAAGGGGCAGACUAUAAUAAAUGUGACAACUAUGGGCAUUCGCCUUUAAUGAUUGCAUGUGAAGAUGGUCAUACACAUAUAGUAAAUAUGUUGUUAGAGAAAGGAGCAAAUUAUAAUCAAUGUAACAGUUAUGGCCAGUCACCUGUUAUGAUGGCUUGUAAAAAUGGUCAUACAGAAAUAGUUAUAAUGUUGUUAAACAAAGGAGCAGAUUUAGAUAAAUGUGACAGUGAUGGUCAGUCACCUAUUUUUAUGGCAUGUAGAUAUGGCCAUAGAGAAAUAGUAUGUGUGUUGCUAGAUAAAGAUGCUGAUUAUACUAAAUUUGAUAUUCUAGGUCAAUACCCUAUUACAAUUGCUAAUAUACUUGGUUUUAGAGAAAUAGUUCGUGUAUUGUUAGAAAAGGGCCAUACGGAUGGGCAUUAUGUGUUGGGCCAUACGGAUGGGCAUUAUGUGUUGAUUCCAAAGAUUUUAUAUUGA